AUAAUUCAAAUUGACCAAUGAAAAUGACUGAAAUCAACGGCCGAAUUAGAUCAAUUGCCUUGGUGGAUUCUCGCCUACUUUCCAGUUAAGAAGAGGAUUCCAAGCCGGAUAGUCCUAAUGGUCCUAAUAGCUUAGGCCUUUAAAAUAAUUUAAAAAAGAAGAAGACAAAGUAUACUUAACCCCAGAAAACCAGUUUGUCAAAAGUUGUUUUUUUGGCAAUAAAACGUUACUAUUUUUUCCUAUAUUUUACUGAAAAUCUGAAAGUAUCGUACUAAAAGAUGGCACAUUACAAGGGGGCCGCCAGCGAGGCUGGCCGAGCCAUGCAACUGAUGAAGAAACGAGAGAAAGAAAUGCAAGACCUGGAAAUUCGUAAGAAAAAAAUCGAAGAAGACCUAAGAAUUAAUAACAUCGAAAAUAAGUUUGCAACUCAUUACGAUGCGGUCGAACAACAACUUAAGAGCUCAACCAUCGGACUGGUUACCCUGAACGAAAUGAAAGCGAAACAAGAAAACAUAGUUAAGGAACGAGAAAAGAAACUAGCACAAAAACAAGCCGAAAAGGAACGCGAAAAACAGAGACAACUAGAGGCAAAACAGGCAGAAAAAAAUAAACAAAAAAAGCAGAUUCAGGCACUGUCAUUUACGUUAGACGAAGAUGAGGAUAAAGAUGAUGACAGCGAAGAUAAUGAAGAAGAGAAAGAUCCGGUUUCUUGGAAAAGAGAAGGUGAAACAGCGGAAUCAAGAUUAUUGAAAAAAAUUAAAAAAGAUCCAACCGCAGACACCAGUUUCUUACCAGAUAGAGAAAGAGAAGAAGAAGAAAACAGACUGAGGGAAGAAUUAAGACAGAAGUGGGCGGAACAACAGCAGAAACUCAAAGAAGAGGAAAUAGACAUAACGUUUAGUUACUGGGAUGGCUCAGGUCACAGAAGAACAGUGAGAGUUAAGAAAGGCAACUCGAUAUACCAGUUCUUGCAAAAAGUCUUGGAGCUGUUAAGGAGAGAAUUUUCAGAGCUAAAAACUGUGAUGGCUGAUCAGUUGAUGUACGUCAAAGAAGACCUCAUUCUACCCCAUCAUUACACAUUCUAUGAUUUCAUUGUGACAAAGGCUAGAGGCAAAAGUGGGCCCCUAUUUCAGUUCGACGUCCACGAUGACGUCAGGCUGGUCAGCGACGCUUCAAUCGAAAAGGAGGACAGCCACGCUGGGAAAGUGUUGAUGCGAAGCUGGUACGAACGAAACAAACACAUAUUCCCGGCUAGCAGAUGGGAACCCUACGAUCCUUCAAAGAUUUACGAUAAAUAUACAGUCUCGGACAAAAAUAAAAAACAAUAACAGUAAAAGUAUUAAUUUAAUUCAACAAUAAACAUAUGGUAAUAUUAAAAAAUAAAUAAAUA